AUUCCCUCGCGCCCCCACACUCUCGUCCACUCACCUCAGCUGGCUCACCGCCGUCUUGCCGUCUUGCUCUGCCUCUCCGCGCCGCAGCAGAGCAAUGGCGCUCCCACGGCGCGCCCUCCUCGUCGCCGGGCUCCUCGCCGCGGCGCUGCCGCUGCUCCUCCUUCGCCCGGCAGAGGCGGGGACUGUGGGCGUGAACUAUGGCCGGGUCGCGAACAACCUGCCGAACCCGGCGGCGGUGGUGCAGCUGCUCAAGCAGCAGGGCAUCACGCAGGUGAAGCUCUACGACGCCGACCCCACCGUGCUGCGAGCGCUCGCCAACACUGGCAUCAAGGUGGUGGUCGCGCUGCCCAACGAGCAGCUCGCCGCCGCGGCGUCGCGCGCCUCCUACGCGCUCCUGUGGGUGCGCCGGAACGUGGCGGCCUACUACCCGGCCACGCAGAUCCAGGGCAUCGCCGUGGGGAACGAGGUCUUCGCCACCGCCAAGAACGUCACGGCGCAGCUCGUGCCGGCCAUGGUCAACGUGCACGCCGCGCUGGCCCGGCUCAACCUGGACAAGUCCGUCAAGGUGUCGUCCCCCAUCGCGCUCGUCGCUCUCGCGACGUCGUACCCGUCCUCCGCCGGCGCGUUCCGGGAGGACCUCGCGCAGCCCGUGAUGAAGCCCAUGCUCGACUUCCUGGCGCAGACCGGCUCCUACCUCAUGGUCAAUGCCUACCCGUUCUUCGCCUACUCCGGCAAUGCGCGCGACAUCUCCCUCGACUACGCGCUGUUCCGCCCCAACGACGGCGUGCUAGACACCGGGAACGGCCUCAAGUACUACAGCCUCCUCGACGCCCAGCUCGACGCCGUCUUCGCGGCGGUGAGCAGGCUGGGGAACUACAAUGGCGUGCGCGUGGUGGUCUCCGAGACCGGGUGGCCGUCCAAGGGUGACGCCAACGAGGUCGGCGCCUCGGCCGCCAACGCCGCGGCGUACAACGGCAACCUGGCGCGCCGCGUGCUCUCCGGCAACGCCGGCACGCCGCUCCGCCCCGACGCCGACAUCGACGUGUACCUCUUCGCGCUCUUCAACGAGAACCAGAAGCCCGGCCCGACAUCCGAGCGCAAUUACGGCGUGUUCUACCCGAACCAGCAGAAGGUGUACGACGUCGAGUUCGUCCUCGGCGGCGGGGGCGCGGCGGGCGGCGGCAGCCAGGGCGGCGGCGGCGGCCUCGGCUGGCAGGAGAACGGCGGUCCAACCAGCGGCAACCCGCCCAGCGGCGUGAAGGUCACGACGGGGGAGGCGUGGUGCGUGGCGAACGCGAUGGUCGGGGAGCAGCGGCUGCAGGCGGCGCUGAACUACGCGUGCGGCGAGGGCGGCGCGGACUGCAAGGCCAUCCAGCCCGGCGCGGCGUGCUUCGAGCCCAACACCAUGGUGGCGCACGCCUCCUACGCCUUCAACGACUACUACCAGCGCAAGGGCCGGUCCAUCGGCACCUGCGACUUCGCCGGCGCCGCCUACGUCGUCAACCAGGCACCGAGUAAGUCGCCCCGCCACCGCUCAUCUCAUCUCCUUUGCCCAGAUGUCGGGUGAGUUUUCGCCGCCUACGUCGUCAACCAGGCACCGAAACUCACUUGGAAACCAGAGACGAAUCAGAGACGAAUCUUUUGAGACCUUUGAUCACGUCAUUCACGUCAUUAGCACAUCUGGAUUAUUGUAGCACUUAUGGCUAAUUAUGCAUUGGUUACUGUAGCAUUUAUGGCUAAUUAUGCACUGAUUAGGCUUAAAAGAUUCGUCUCGUAUGUACAUCCAAAAUGUGUAAUUAGUUUUGUUAUUUAAUUAUAUGUAGUGCUUCAUAUAUGUGUUUGAAGGGGAGGUGAAAAUUUUUAGGAACUAAACGGCCCAAGCAAAAGUCGUUCCUUUCUCGUGACUGUGUUCCCUGCUAGGACCAUUCGUGCUACUGGUUGAUCUCCAUGAAUUCGUUCCAUCACGUAGCAAAAUGUUGGUACAUUCCAUUAUUUCACACACGUAAAUGAUGCCCAGUAGCAGCAGUACGCUGCCAGUGCUAAAAGGCAUACAGUUCCGGCAAAAGCGAAACUUCCCGUCCAAUCCACGCUCAAUCACCCGGCAGAUUACGGAUUGGUGCUUUUGCAAUUGUACGGGAAUGAUUCUUUUACCAUCACACAGCCUGUCAGCACAUCUGGAAAGCGCCCAGCACCGUGAACAGCACGCGGCAGUCCUUGGCAAGACUGCAGCAGCCGUUACUGGCUUUGUUUGGUUGGUUCUUAUAAUUUUAAAAUAUAAUUCUCGAAAUAAAAAAUCUCGUAUGAAUAGAGUAUUAAAUAAAAUUUAUUACAAAAUUUUUUUAGAAAUGGGUGUAAUUUUUGGGACGAAUUUAAUGACGAUAAUUAAUUGAUAAUUGACUAUAGUGAUGCUAUAGUAAUUAUUUUCUAAUUACGCGAUCAAAUGUCUCAUUAAAUUUUUCAUGAUUUCUAGUAGGAUUUCUAGUAUAGGCUUGUGGAGUUAGUUUUGUAAAUUGAUUUUGUUUCACACCUUUAAUUAAUGAUCAAACUCCGUUUUUAAAUCUCUAGAACACAAACCAAACGAGGCUACUGGUCCUGUGUGAAAUCUUGUACUGUGAUUUUUAGCAGCCACUCCUGUCCUCUCCUCAUGGCCGUCAGUGUUCAAGCCUGCAUUGGAUGCGAGCUGGUGUCAGUUGGCUGGCUGCUGCCUGCUGCCUGCUGCCUGCUGCUCAGGUUCGGGCCUGGUAGUGCAAUAAUGACUGCGAGGAGAUGGGGUGUGGCCUGUCUGGCUCGUAGCUCGGCGUGAUGUGACCCGUCCUGUGUUCAGUGUCUUCCUCCAUGGACCACCAUGGUGAUGCGCGCCGUGUUUGGAUGUCGCAGACCGCGUUGAGGCUGAUUGCCACUUCCGGUGCCUUUUGCAGCGCCUGCUUCUGUACCCUACUGCAUUCUUUACUCCACUCAUUGCGUAUACUCAGCGUACGUGUCUCCUUGGACCAGCGGUCGUCGCGAAAGGGAGUGUUCACGUUCACAUGAUGGGUUGGGAGCCCGAUAAUAAUCUGCUGUUAGAUCAGAGAAUGUGCUGUUUUUUAAGGUUGAUGUGCUGUAACCUGUGAUCUCACUGGUGCCUUUGCUGCAUUGU